AUGGAAGUAUCAAAUUUCUUCACUCGACUCUUACAGCCUCCGAAAGAGGCUAAAGCGGUCAAACAGCCGGAUGAUUUGGGCGAGUUUGAUGUAGCCUGGCAAGGGAUCAAGGAAACGCUAGAAUAUCCAGAUGAGAGGCAGAUAGUACGAGGAAUAUCAUCAACUCAAGUGCCCAAUCAGCUCAGACAUAUUGUAGACGCUUUGGUCUAUGAGAGCAACAGGACUGAUGAAGAUACGACAGGAGCAUGUCUAGAAUACUUCCUCAAGAACGACCUGUUAGCUCAACUUGAAAGGCUCUGUGAACCUGAUAGACCCCAUGGUAUCAAAGCGGAAGUACUUCGAGCAAUAAACAACCUAAUCGUAUCCCUAUCCGAACGGUUCUUGGUUCACAACGCUGUGCACCGCCCCCUCAGACGAUUACUGCGAUCAUGUGUAGGUGAAGAACCCGAAGAGAAGAUAGAUGGAGGGGCUAGAAUUCUUGGCGCAGCUGGCAUGAGUCCUGAUAUGGAGAGAAGGGGCAGUAAUGAUGAUAUAGAAGAGGAUUUGGUGGGAUUGAUGUGUACACUGGCCUCUAGGAUGGUAGCUUAUCCCCCUUUACUCCUAAUCUUCCUCCAUGACAGAGGCUGGCUCCAACCUCAUCCCUCUCGCGUCCCAACACCUCUCGAAAGAGCCUUGUCUCCUGCUCCAUCAGCUCACACAGGUAUUUCCGGCCCCUCCAGUAGGACAGCCACAACGCAUCAUUUCGAAUUCCUCCUGUUCUCCUACCUACUUCGCUUCGUCCAUCGAGAAGGUCAAAUCGGUGAUCCAGCUCGUGCCGGUCUAUUAUUCCUUUUCGAUAUCGCUUUUCUCCCACCCAGCGAAAUCGUCAGCGGAAGUCCGAACCCCACGGAUAAAGACGGUUCCGACCCCUUACAAGAUGCCAGAGAUGCUUUAGGUGAAUUCAUACUGGACGGUGAUUUUGCGGAAGUAAUGGCUGCAGGUCUAGGUGCUAUAUAUUCGCUGUUACCCUCGAAAUUACAUGUACCGUCUAUAGCGGAAUUGGCGGAACAAGAGAGAGAAUUAGGUGGUUCAGCUUCGGGUACGGGUGGGAUGUAUCUUGGUGCUGGGGUCGAUGUGCCUGAUAGGGAGAUACCUUCUUCGACAGAUCAGGAAGUCCAGGAUCAGCUGGAUCUCAUUCUCAAGUUGUUCGGUUUCUUGCAAGAUAUAAUUCAUCGAUGUACUUCCAUGAUACGGCAUCCUCAUAGCGAUCAGAAUUCUCAUGAGAUAUCGACUACCCACAUGCUAGGAAGUGCUAUAUCAGAAGCCACGCUUGACGCUAUCCAGUCGUCUUUCCUGGAUAAUGUGUUGUACCCUUCGGUAUUAGAAUGUUCGAACCACGAUGGAAGUUCGGUGGCUGUCCUUACAUACCUUGAUGUCUUAUUUUCGGACCUUGAUGAAGGACCCUUGUUGGAUCGAUUGAUCUCUUUCCUGAUGGACACUGGAUCGUUGGAACCGGGUCACUCUGCUCAGGAUAGGAAGAAGAAUAAAAGAAAGACCGGUGCUAUGGGAUACAUUGACCAGCCUGUAUAUACCUCAGACUAUUUCGCGGACGAAGGUCGAUUUACCCUCAAGGAUCUCAUUCUCGAUAAUCUUCACUCGUCGGAACCUACCUCUUCAACCGCUGCCUUACGUCUGCUCCGUACAUUGCUAGGUGAUCAUUGUCGGCAGGCAGUCACAGGUCUCCUUUCAGUGAUUCGAGAUCCGACUGCGACUGCACUGGCCAAACGACCGAUUCCAUCCGAAAUAGACACUCUCCACAGCUUUUUACCACAUCCUGUCAAUUCUACAGACGUGCACCUGCAAGAAGUGGAGUUGUAUAGCUCUUUAGUCACUCGCUUGGAUCCAUCAUUGUCUUCCGCUGAGAUGGCUGCUGGAUAUGCCGUCUAUCUAACAGAUAUGACUGCCAUUAUAGAGGUGGAUCCAUGCCUCCGAUCUGCCCGGAUACCCACGACUUUCUUAGGUGAAAUGGAAAAGAACAUUUUACAUUUAGAUAUGACAGCAGAACCAAUACAACAUCGAGUGAACCCCUCGGACCCUCUCAUCAAGAACAUUUUAAGGACAUUCAGCAAUUUUCUCGCCAAUACUCCAGAUGAAAACGUCGCUAUGACCGGCGUGAUCAGUGCCAUAGCUCUUUGUCCUCAUAGAUCAUUAGCUGGCUGGUUACUAUACGACGUAAAUCCAGAAACAGAUUCAUGGAAGAGUAGAUCUAAACAGCCUCAAGAUUCUUUGUCUGAUUUCGGUACAGAUUCAGAUGACGAUUCUGACCUCGACGUGGAUCGUCCUCGACAUGGUGGUGAAUCAGAUCCAUUCAGUGUCAGAUCUUCGGUACCUCUUCCAGCAAUUUAUCAGAUCUUGCGAGAGAUCAUCAAGACCGUAUCGUCCUACCGAUCUAGCAUCGAAUCUUUCGAUAGACUUUUAGCGGAAAGGAGACAAGGACUCUUAUUUGCUGAUCAUCUUGACGAAGCUAUGAACCUUAUGUUGGAGGUGGAACCUUCUUCUUUCGGUCUUCCCGAAACUCCUAAACCUGAGAAGAAGAAAAGACCCUCAGCAGCUGGUUUAGUAGGUGGCAUCAAGUCGUUCUUGACUCCUAAAAAGAAAACUCCAGCAAGUACGCCUAAUCGAUCCUCGUCGUCUGGAUUGACACCUACGUUAGGUAGUCUACUUCGAACGCCUAACAAGUCGCCUGGACCUGUAGAAGAAAGUGGAAGAUUCGCCACGCCCAUUAGAGUCGAUGAGCUGGAUAUGAUGAAUCCUUCUCCUUUUAGAGCGCACUACGAGCAGACGGAUGUGGAUCUACAAGUGGAAAUGUCGAAGUCGGAGGAAACCAUAAGUAGUGGACCUUGGUCGAAUGCUAAUUCUUUAACAGCAUUGGAAAAUGGAGAUGCGUCUUUCACGGAAGAUACACUACAUCGGGAGAUGUCAGAUCACGUAGAGGAAGAUUCACAAGCAAAGACAUAUGAGGGACCGAAGAAAGUUAGCUUGAAUGUGAUAUUGGACAAUUGUGUGAUUUUAGAGGAGUUUAUCAAAGAGCUAGUGGCUAUCAUCACUGCCAGGAGAGCUAUGGGGAUAGAUCAAGUUGGGUUUGUAUGA